AUGAAACUAUUAUUUGAAGGACAACUGAGAUUUUGUGUUAUUCAACCAAUGCAGCUUAUAUCAUGGUUGAUCAUAUUUUUUGUUCUGAAAUCUAUAUCUCCUCUCAAGCCUGCCCGACUUCCAAUUUAUCAAAGAAAACCCUUUAUAGCUGCUUGGAAUGCUCCAACAGAGCAGUGUUUGAUAAAAUAUAAUGUAAGACUAAAUUUGACAAUGUUCCAGGUAAUUGGAAGCCCCAGGGCUAAGGCCAGAGGACAAAAUGUCACCAUAUUUUAUGUUAACAGAUUAGGGUACUAUCCAUGGUAUACUGCAAAAGGAGUUCCCAUUAAUGGGGGUCUUCCUCAGAACAUAAGUUUGCAAUUGCAUUUGGAAAAAGUUGACCGAGAUAUUAAUUAUUAUAUACCUGCAAAAGAUUUCAGUGGACUUGCUGUCAUAGACUGGGAAUAUUGGAGGCCUCAAUGGGCCAGGAACUGGAACACCAAAAAUAUCUACAGAGAGAAAUCAAGACAGCUUAUUUCUGACAUGCAAGAAAAUGUAUCAGCAAUUUAUAUUGAAUAUUUAGCCAAAGCAACCUUUGAAAAAAGUGCAAAAGACUUUAUGAAAGAAACCAUUAAAUUGGGAAUUAAGAGCCGACCGAAGGGACUUUGGGGUUAUUAUUUAUAUCCUGAUUGCCACAAUUACAAUGUGUAUAGACCCAAUUAUACGGGUUCAUGCCCAGAAGAGGAAGUUUUGAGGAACAACGAACUUUCUUGGCUUUGGAAUAACAGUGCAGCUUUAUAUCCUUCCAUUGGAAUCAGGAAAUCCCUUGGGGACAGUAAAAACAUUUUACUCUUCUCACAGUUUCGAGUACAAGAAUCCAUGAGGAUCUCCACCAUGACAUCUCAUGAUUAUGCUCUUCCUGUUUUUGUCUAUACAAGGCUAGGUUACAGUGAUGCACCUUUAUUUUUUUUAUCUGAGCAAGACUUAAUCAGCACGAUUGGAGAAAGUGCUGCCUUGGGAGCUGCAGGCUUUGUUAUUUGGGGAGAUAUGAAUCUAACUUCAUCAGCGGGAAACUGUACCAGAGUGAAGCAAUUUGUCAGUUCUGAUUUAGGAAGCUACAUAGUCAAUGUGAGUAGAGCUGCUGAAGAUUGCAGUCUUCACCUCUGCAGAAGCAAUGGAAGAUGCAUAAGGAAGAUGUGGAAAGCUCCAGACUAUCUUCACUUAAACCCAGAAAGUUAUCUCAUUGAAGUCUCUGAGGAUGGAUUCUUCAAUGUGAAAGGAGAAGCAUCUGAUACAGAUAUAGCCAUGAUGAUGAAAAAAUUUUCCUGCCAUUGCUAUCAGGAAUAUGAGGGGGUUGAUUGUAGAGAAAUGAAAAUGGCUGAUGGCCACUCUGGAAUUUUCUCUUAUACUGGUUUACUCAUAACAUUAUGUCUGCUGGCAUUAGCUAAUUGUUAA